GUCACAGAGCUGAACUAAAUACUACACAUGUUUGUGAUUAAAUAUUAUGGACUGCAGAACAUAUGUGUUAAUAAUACAUCCAGUGCAUGUAGUGGGCACUUCCUCCUAUGAGCUAAGAGACAACACAUCUGACUCAUUGACAAGAUCAAAUCUGAUUUCAAAGAUGUGCUCUACGAACCCAGGCAACUGGGUCACAUUUGAUGACGACCCUGCAUUUCAGUCUUCUCCAAAGUCAAAGAAUUUCCCUCUGGAGAAUCAAGGCAUCUGUAGGCCAAACGGACUUACGCUGAACCUUUCUGGUCCUAAGGAAUUUCCCAGUGGGUCUUCCUCCACCAGUAGUACCCCUCUCCCCUCUCCCAUCAUAGACUUUUACUUCAGUCCAGGACCUCCAAGUAACUCUCCUCUUUCUACACCUACCAAAGACUUCCCAGGAAUUCCUGGCAUCCCCAAAUCAGGGACUCAUGUGCUUUAUCCUAUUCCAGAAUUAUCUUCAAACAGUCCACUCGCAGCACCUGAAGCAGAUUCUUCCUUAUUGCCUCCUAAGCCAACCUGCCUAUCCCAUGCUUCCUUACCCAGUGACCACCCAUGUACACCUCCAGCUCCCAAAGUGGGUCUUCCAGAUGAAGGUAGUCCUCCACAGGCUGAAAGCCUGGGGUUCCAAAGUGAUGCUCUCCAGUUUCAGUAUUUUCGGGAGGACUGUGCCUUUUCAAGUCCAUUUUGGAAAGAAGAAGGUAGUGCUUCCCAGUUCACCUUCGAUCCCCUGGGAAGCAGAAAGGGGUUCCCAUCAAGAGACAAAGAAAUGCCAAUUGAUCAAAAAAGCUUAAAUCAGUGUUCACUCAACUACAUCUGUAAGAAGCUUGAACACCUCCAAUCAGCUGAGAACCAAGACUCAUUUGGAAGCCUGUCUAUGCAAUGUCUGUAUGCUGAAGACACAGCCUCUUCCUUUGUCCCCCACACGCUCUUCAGGAGUCAGCCCAAAUCUGGAUGGUCUUUCAUGCUGAGAAUCCCUGAGAAGAAGAACAUGAUGUCUUCUCGUCAGUGGGGACCAAUUUUUUUAAAAGUCUUACCUGGAGGAAUUUUGCAAAUGUAUUAUGAGAAGGGGUUAGAAAAACCAUUUAAAGAGUUACAGCUUGAUCCACAAUGCAGGCUUUCUGAACCCAAACUUGAGAACUUCAGUGUGGCAGGAAAAAUCCAUACUGUGAAGAUUGAACACGUGUCUUACACUGAAAAAAGAAAAUACCAUUCUAAGACAGAAGUGGUUCAUGAGCCAGACAUAGAACAGAUGCUAAAGUUGGGGUCCACAGAGUACCAUGACUUCCUUGACUUUCUGACUACCGUGGAGGAGGAGCUGAUGAAGCUGCCAGCUGUUUCAAAACCAAAAAAGAAUUAUGAGGAACAAGAAAUUUCCCUUGAAAUUGUGGACAACUUUUGGGGCAAAAUCACUAAAGAAGAAGGAAAAUUGGUUGAAAGUGCCGUGAUAACUCAAAUCUGUUGCCUCUGUUUUGUGAAUGGGAACUCGGAAUGCUUCUUAACAUUGAAUGAUCUUGAGCUGCAGAAGCGAAAUGAACACUAUUUUGAAACAGACCCAGAAAAGAAGGGGAUUGAUAUUCUCGAAUAUCAUUUUCACAAGUGUGUGAAAGCACAAGAAUUUGAGCGAUCAAGAAUCAUUAAGUUUGUACCUCUGGAUGCCUGCCGGUUUGAGCUGAUGCGUUUCAAGACUUUAUAUAAUGGGGAAGAUCUUCCCUUUUCCCUGAAGUCUGUAGUGGUUGUCCAGGGGGCGUAUGUGGAGCUUCAGGCCUUUGUCAACAUGGCCCCGUUGCUUCAGAGAUCCUCCCAUGCCAGUUCCCUGAGGUCCUGUGAUAACAUAAUGAUACACUUUCCCGUUCCAUCGCAGUGGAUCAAGGCUCUCUGGACCAUGAACCUCCAGAGGCAGAAGUCCCUGAAAGCCAAAAUGAACCGUCCGGCAUGUCUGGGGAGUUUGCAUGAACCUGAAUCUGAACCUGUCAUACAGGUCACUGUGGGGUCAGCAAAAUACGAGAGUGCCUACCGGGCCGUGGUGUGGAAGAUAGACCGGCUUCCCGAUAAACAUUCAAGUCCUGAUCAUCCCCAUUGUUUGUCAUACAAACUAGAACUUGGAUCAGACCAAGAAAUUCCCUCUGAUUGGUAUCCAUUUGCUACUGUUCAGUUUGGAGUGCUCGACACCUGUGCCUCAAGGACAGAGGUCAGGUCUCUGGGGGUGGAGAGUGACGUCCAGCCACAGAAGCACAUUCAUCAGCGAGCUUGCUACAACAUCCAGGUUGAAAUAGAAAAGAAGUGGAUUAAAAUCGAUGGAGAAGACCCAGAUAAAGCUGGUGACUGCGUAACUCAGUAGGAGUAGCAAGAGUUAAUGAUGACGACCUCCUUUCCAAAUAUGCAAUUUAUAGAAACCACACACAGUUGUGCUCCUGUAGAGUGGAAAUGACUCCUGAGUAGAGGGCUUAGGACAGGUCCAGGGGCCGUGUUUAGAGAAGUGUAGACCUGAAACCGAACAAUCUGUGUUUUCUGCUUUUGAUAUGUUUGUGCCGCAGGGGUUUGAUCUAAAGUGUGUCUGUAAUUUGCGUGAUGUUUCUGCCUCCUACUGAAACUCAGAGGCGCUGUUAUUCAGCGUGUGACCCAACAGCCCGUUUGGCCAAAGGGUUUUUGAUUUUUGAUGACUCGGUGGCUGAUUGUUUUUUGCUAUGGAUUGCCCAGGUGCCAUAUUUAUUAUCCUCCAGUCCCCGUUUCUUCUUGCUGUGUUAGCACCGGUCCUGGAGGGUGAAAUGAUCAAAGGGAACAGAAACCACGUCACUUCAUCUUCCCGCUUGCCCACCCCUGAGACGUGGCGGGUGCGGAGCGAUGCUGAGAGCGCAGGUUACAUUGGAGAGGUGGACGUAUCUGUGCUUUUCACUCGUUUACCUUCCUGGCCUCUUACCACACUGCAGGUCAUCAUCGGCUGUAUUUGGUCCCUGUCUUUCCCCCACAGUAUUAUUGUUUUCAAAAUGUAUCUGUAUUCUGGCGUGUGUUGCAGAGAAGCUGUUUCUGUUGAUAUACAUAUUUUAGUACAAGUCACUAAGACCUAUUGCCUUUUGCUUGGAGAAAUUUCUUUUAAAAUGGAAUCCCAGUAUUUGACACUAGUUAAAAUAUUUAUGUACAUUAAAGAUGAAUUUUUAAACUUCAUGAAUAUUCUUUCCCAAAAGUAUAGACUCUAAGAAUGUACUUCGAUAAAGUAUUAUUUGUGAUUAACAGAAGUCUCUCUUGAGUAGAAGUCUAAUUCAAGAUAAUUUUAUGCUAGUUCUACUGGAUUCAGAAUAUUUUUCUUUAAAAGGUGAGUGAAUUGAAAGAGUGGAUUAUUUCCCCUAGAUUUUUGGCAUUUCUGUUCUUCAGUAAGCUAAAUGUUUGGUUUCUAAUGAAAAGCCAAUAGCAUUAGCAGUAUAAUUCUGUUUAUAAUUUCCCUUUAAUAUUUACCACAAAAGGUCAAAUUUAAAAAUUCAUGAAACCUAUAUUCUAGGUAUUUUUUAGUCUGAAAAACAAAAAUCCUCCAUUUGGUAUUAACAUACCUUCAAUUUAUGUUGUAUCUACAAUAUGAUUAGGAAGUAUUUUUCUUUAUCUACUAGAUUUGUUUUAAGUCAAAACUGAUAUAAUGAUGCCCUUCCAAACAACAUGUAUUUGUCGGCCCAGAGUUUACGUCUUAUGUUUUAUUUAAUAUCGUGUUACAUUCAUUGUAAUCUGCUCCAGAGCCAGAUUAAAACGAACACGUGUCCUGGUUUGUAUCAAUCAGCAGAUUUUAUUGCUUUUCCUUACUUUGCUGACACAGCGAGGCGUGCAGGAGUUGACUGCUGAAAUGAAGUGUUACUGCUCUUUUUAGCUCCACGUGGUGCAUUGCUCAGAAUAUCUCUGCUCGAGGCUGGCUGUUGAUCUGCAGAAGGGCAAAUCUGUGUGUGCCAUUAAAAAACCCGGCGUCUUUCCCCAGGCCUGGCGGCUUCAGCCCCGAGGCGGCUGGAGGGGCUGCCGCUCCGGACCGGACCCGGGUCGGCUGGCUUAAUUCCUGCCGUUGCUCCCAAGCCCCACUGCUGGCAUCCUGGCCGCGAGCGACUCGGAGCCUGGUUCAGCUGGACUUCAUGGAUGUUCACACCUCCGAAUAAUGGCAGCCAAGGGUCCCGCGAGUGGCCGCGCUUGCUGCCCAGGCUGCCCGGUGUCUGUGACUGCCCCCCGCCGGGUCACUUAUUCCCCGGCCCCCCGCCUUCGGGAGCGUCCCGGCUCAGUGUUGGAAACCCAGCAGCAAAGCGCUGACGAACGCCCGAGCUGAGUUUCUGCGGCGGAGCGGAGGUUGAUAGCAAUAACGGCGGGGUGCUGUGGCGUAAUUGUUAAUUUGCACAUCUAUUAGGAUCCUUAAAUAUUCAUUACUUAGCGUUAAAUUAACAUUCUGUGGAGGGAGGAGAGGCUUUUUCAUACAAUUCUUCUGACCUCAGAAAUGGCAGAAGGUCGGAUGUGACCACUGUGCUGUAAGUGAAAAAUCAGGUAGGGUCCAUUUAGACUUACAAAUUAAAAAGUAGAAUGUCCUUUGCCGGGAAGUAAAUGAGGAUCUUAAAGACAGCAACUACGAUAACAAAACCCCUACUUCUAAGGUUGGGAAGGAUGGAAGAGCGUGAAGGAGGAACUACUCCUUUCUAGCAUUUUAACUUAGGUAAUUUAGAUCAACCCCUUCUCAGUUUGACUGUUUAGGGGCCAGUCGUUUGAUGGACAUACAUCAGGCUUCCAAGGACUUGGCCCGUUUCGGACUAGCUGUCCUGCUCUGAUUGUUCAGGUCUGGUUGCCUUCCCAGUCAAAGGAUCACUAUUAACUGUGUAAAUGAAUUCAUGGCUUGAUCAAUUGUACAGAUCAGAAUCUAAGGACAUUUUCUCUUUCUAUGGGAAGACAAAUAGUUUAUUCAUUUAAGAAGGUAGGAAAAAAUGUACUUUUCAGCAUAUAGAUAAAGGUUGGAUUUGUUUUUUUACCUGAUUUAUAUAUUAGACAGUUUUAGGGUUUAGUUUCCUUCAUUCUGAAGCUGUGCUUAGGAUACAGCCCUUUUCUUAUAAAUUCAGUUAGAAAGCCUUCCUUAGUAAUGAUUAAGUAUUAUGUCUUACUUAAAAUAUUACUUUAUGUCAUAGCAACACAAGUGUAAAGCAGGUUGAGACUUAAUAAUCCUGUAACAAAGUAUUUGGUAGAUUGCAUAUUGGUUUUUCAAAAUUAAAGAUGUAUUUCAAAUGAU